UACAUUUUAACAAUACACUUCAUUAAAAUAUAUGUGAUCAUUUAACCAUUAACAUGCAAUAUUGUAUUAAAUUUUAUCUUGCUUAUCAUGGGUCAUAAUAUGCUGCCAGAUCUUAGCCUGAUUUGGGCCACAUAUUAUCACCUGACUGAUCUGGGCCACACUCCUACUAUCAACAAUCGGACCUCAUGUUGUUUGCCGGAUCACCGCCGUGCCGUCAUUGCCACACAUGGCCCAGCUCUGGCUGAAAGAGUACAUGCCAUUGCCGACAUUAGGCCAGCAGUGCCACCUUGAGACCACAUUUGGGCCAAGUCCGUUUGCUAUGUGGGUAGAUGCCUAAAUGCAUCGAGUUGCUGCCAUGUGAUUGGCUGAUUAUCAGUUUGUUUUACCAAGCAAUUUGACGGCCUGAUGAAACCAAUAGUAUCCAUCUGCAGACCCGCAGCACAGCCGUUUUAGAACCGCCGUUUCAGAACCGCUGUUUCAGAACCGGAAGUGAGGGGCGGAGCUAUUAACACCUUGAAAUGGCGGAGAGCACGAGACAUAUAACUAUUCAGAAUGGUGACGCAUUACCUGAGCUGCAGCAGUGCAACAAGUGUUGCAGCAAUUAUCACUGCCCUUUUUGCGCGGCCAGCGUGUUUAAGCCAGCCAAACUGGUCAAAUUAAAAACCCAUCUUCAAAGCCACUUUAACAAGGCAGUAGUCUGUGGAGGCUAUACUAUACACAGAUGUGGACUAGGAUGUAGACCAGCUCUACAUCACCACUGUCCAUACUGUGAAACAACAAUUUUAAAGAGAGGUGAUUUUGAAAAACAUGUACAGGUUUGCAAAAAAACCCCACCUCCAACUUCAGCCACAAUUCCAUCUCCAACCACUGCAGCAUUGACCACACCAGCUGUGAGAGGGACACCAUCUUCAACCACUGCAGUGCUGACCACACCAGCUGUGAGAGGGAAACCAUCUCCUACCACUGCAGUUCUGACCACACCAUCUCCAACCACUGCAGUGCCAACUACACCAGCAGUCUUCUCAGGAAGGGUUUGUGUAAGGCCUGUGAUCAGAAAAAGAUGCCCAGUUUGCAAUAUCCUCAUUAAUAAAAGAAACCUAAAAAAGCACAUUGACCGCAAACACACAGAAGAGCCAAUACAGGACAUUAAUGCCACAUCCCAUCUUGAGAGCCAGUGCAUCGAUAGGACAAAUGGCAUAUUUACAGUUCUUAAAGUUACAAAGGGUCACAGUGUUCCUCUUCAUAUUCAGGUCAAGACAUGGGGAGAACAUCAUAAGGUCAUUUGUGAAUCACAUGAAUGUCAGGUCAGUAUGGAAGUUGCACAGAGAAGUGGCCUGUCAUCAUACCAGUGCAAACACAUCCGCUCUGUAAAUUACUGUGCAUCCUCUGCAGAACCAGUCUCCCUGAAAGAAGAGAUUUUAUCCGAGAUGGUGAAAGCAAAGUGGUUUAGUAAUGAAAAGAAGAAGAUUUGCCUUACUCGGCAGCAGCAUGCUAACAGCAGUCACAUACCACUCUCUGUUCAAACCUCGAUCGGCACCCCUGAAACAAAGAAGUUCAUUUCAGUAUUUGAACCCAGUGUCUCCUAUUACAGCAGGUUGGGGCGUGUAAUGGUUGUAUAUGACUCAAAAUUAAACACAUGGCAUUGUCCCUGUGCCAUAUUGAGGCGCUCAUGUGUGCACAAAUAUAUUGCAAAAUGGCACCUUUUUCAGACACAACGCGACUUGUUUCGAACAGUCUUCAGCAGAGAAGAAUCACCACGCAAAGAACCAUAUGCACAGUCUGAGAAGGAUUUCAGAGAAGACAAUCCUGUUUAUCCUCCAAAACAUCAAGGGUUAAAUAAUAUGGUAUGUUACAUUCUUCAGCACAAGAAGAUUCCUGUUGAUCUACCAGAUGAUGUGCGGGUACCAUCACCAGACAAAGAUUACCCAAAAAUCCUUUGUCCAGAUGAAUGUGUCUGUCAGAUUUGUCCAGGUGUUGUUCCCCUCAGUGAACCCAUCCUAAUUACGAAGAAGGCUAAAAUACUCACAAACUGGUCCAUAAUUGAAGAUGUUGCCAUUUACUGUAAGCAGUGCCCACUAUGUGGAAUGUUCUACCGUUAUCAGGAGUGGAAAGACCACCUACAUAACUUUGAUGACCACAACAUCCUUGCAAUACCCUUAUGCCUAACCUUGAGAAGCCUUCUUCAGGUGCAUACAUCGGUGAGCAGAGCAGUAAAUUAUUUGGAAGAUUUGACAGGUUUGAAGUUUCCGGCACCAGACACGGUUCUUCAUGCCUACUUGCAUUUUGAGGCCCUUGUGGAACAUGAGUACAGAUACUCAUGUAUUACCUGUGGUGACCAUCCCCCAGUGGUGAUAAUGGAUCUACACAAAAAGGGUGUUUUCCAUUUUUCUGCAAGUGACACAGAGGAACCUCCUGAAAACUUCCGAGGGGACGUCAAUAUAGAAACAUUCUGGGAGGCACUAUCCAAAGAAAUGAUAUGUCGUGGAUUUGUUGCAAGUGGUGCACAAAAUCCAUUUGCAGUUAAACCUACGUAUCACUUCUGGGCUCCUUGGAUUGGCAAGAGGACACGUCGUUCAGACAAUGUGCUAAACACAGAGUUUGAAAAAGUUCAUUCUUCAAAGUCUGCCUCAGAGACUGCAGAAAUUACGGUGACAGAGGAGAGGCUGAAAGAAGAACUUCAAAAGCAGAAGGUUAUUGUUAUUCGGAAACUAUGCAAAGAAUGUGGUCUGGACUCCACUGGCUCUCGGAGUGACCUCCUCCUCAGAUUGUCCAAUGAAAUGAAAUCGAGGCAAACAUAUGAUAAAAUCUUUGAAAAAAUCUGGGGUGCCUCUGGAGGCUGGGGAGUCAUCAUGUGCCCAUGUGGUGUAGUUUACAGUUUAAAAUGCAAUCUUCGAGCAGAAAGCCCUCGAGAUUUUGUUGAUCUUCUGUUCUCAUGGAAGCACAUGCCGAACAUUAUCAUUUAUGACUUUGCACGCGGUUUAGCAACACAUGCCAAUCUCAGGGCACCAGAAAGCAUUCCUAUUCAUCCACAUGAGGGACGCUUGGCAGAACCCACUCAAGAAAACAUUACACUUGCCAGAUCUGGAAAUCUGAAAGUGUCCUUGCCUUGGCUGGAGGAAAAAAAGAGUGCAAGUGAUCCUCAAGGACACCCACUGACAGGAUCUUCUGAUCAUUACAUAUUAUCUGACCGUUUUCACGAGAACAAUACCAAAGACAGUAGAGAUGUUCUGAGGAAGAUCACUAUAGUGCCUCAACUAGCUGGAAAAAUAAAUAGCCAGGUUGCAGAGCAACUGUUCUCAAAGAUGAGAAAAAAUAACUACUUCUUGAACAUGUCUCAGCCAUCAACACACCUCUUUCAAAUGAGGACCAUAAUUCACCACUAUAACGAAAACAAGAACAACAAAGUGAGGACUAGAUUAAUGAAGACAUUUGGAUCAAAGUUGGUGAUGAAUAUGCAUGGACAGGCUGUGCUGGAAAAUUCGGACAUCUCUAUAGACGAGCUAGUCCCCACAGACAUUGAGAUGGAGCAUGUUACCCCGACAUCAAUGACGGUCCCAACCAGUACAGAAACUGAAAUGGUGUGUAAUUAUAAAUGCCUGUCUGCCAGUAGAGAUUGUUGGGAUUGUGUGCCAACUCAUAGGCAAUCAGUAAUGCUUGAAUGGGCUUUGGGGACAGGCGACCAAGAUGAGACAAUUGCUGAAGUUGGAAACGUGGUUCUGAAAAGAAAAGAUUUCUGGACUCUCGGUCUCAAUGAGCAGUUGGAGGCAACAAUUGCAAACAGCUGUCUUGAAGUAAUUACUUUGUUCUCUAUGGAACGAGGAUUGGAUGUGUGGACAGCUAAUGCAUAUGUUGUGGUGACCUGGUUGCCUCCAAAUAAUCUGGACCCAUCCUUGUCAUUUCCAGAUAACAUUGCACUAAAAGACUGCAUUAUCUUCCCUGCUUGGAAGCCAGGACACUGGAUGUUGUGUCAAGAUGACAGCCAAAAUUGCACCUGGAACAUGGAUGCUAAUAAAAAACAAGGAUAUCCCCCAACAGAUUGGUGGUGUGGACUGUGGAGUCUUCAUGUUGAUGUAUGCUCUACAUCUUGCCUUGGGAGCACCCUUUGAUUUUACAUUUUGUGACAUGCCAAAGAUUCGGAGAUGGUGGACUCUAAUUCUUUUAGAGAACUUUGGGGUUUUCUCUGAAAGUGCAGAUACCCUUCAAGAGGCUCUUCCACACAGAGAACCAGCUGAGCUUAGCAGCAGUGAGGACAACUUACUGAUUAAGAGUGGAAGAGCCUCUUUUCCUCACCAUGACUGAGGAGGAAAAGGAAAAGGCCCUCAAUGAUCUCAGUGAAAGCACAGACUCUUCGAGGGAGCCCUUUACGUUUCUUUUUCAGUUCAGGGAUGACAUGGAAUUAGUUAUACAAGAAUGUCAUGACAAAAUGGGCCUAAAACUGAACUUUUCAUUUGAUACAUUUUAAUUUAAAUUAAUUCCAUAUGGUCAUGACAAUGUGUGAAUUGUUUGUUUUGUAAAUUGUCAUUUUCAUUUUAUACAAAAUUGUCAUGGCAAAUUGUUUAGCAAGUUUAUUCCAUAAACUUUAAUUAUCUAGUUUUUGAUUUGUUUCUUUUAAAAUUUUGUGUGUUUGAAGAUUUUUACAGCAAUGUUUUAAUUUUUUUGUAGUG